CUGGAGGGCGCGCGGCGGGCGGCCGGUCAGCCCCUGGCCUCGCCCCCGCGGGAGAGCCGCCUGGAGUCGGCGGGGGCUGGCCAGGCCCACGGGGAGGCCGGCCCGCUCCCCCUGAGCUACAGACACCAGGGCGCUCACCAUGGCCCCGCCACUCCUGCUGCUGCUGCUGGCCAGUGGAGCGGCCGCCUGCCCACUGCCCUGUGUCUGCCAGAACCUGUCCGAAUCACUCAGCACCCUCUGUGCCCACCGAGGCCUGCUGUUCGUGCCACCCAACGUGGACCGCCGCACCGUGGAGCUGCGGCUGGCUGACAACUUCAUCCAGGCCUUGGGGCCACCGGACUUCCGGAACAUGACAGGGCUGGUGGACCUGACGCUUUCCCGGAAUGCCAUCACCCGCAUUGGGGCCCGCGCUUUUGGGGACCUGGAGAGCCUACGUUCCCUGCAUCUGGACGGGAAUAGGUUGGUUGAGCUGGGCACCGGCAGCCUGCGGGGCCCCGUCAACCUGCAGCACCUCAUCCUCAGUGGCAACCAGCUGGGCCGAAUCUCGCCCGGGGCCUUCGACGACUUCCUGGACAGCCUGGAGGACCUCGACUUGUCCUACAACAACCUGCGGCAGGUGCCCUGGGCCGGCAUCGGUGCCAUGCCUGCCCUGCACACGCUCAACCUGGACCACAACCUCAUCGACGCACUGCCCCCGGGCGCCUUCGCCCAGCUCAGCCAGCUCUCCCGUCUCGACCUCACCUCCAACCGCCUGGCCACGCUGGCACCAGACCCGCUCUUUUCCCGGGGGCGCGACGCGGAGGCCUCACCCGCCCCCCUGGUGCUGAGCUUCAGCGGGAACCCCCUGCACUGCAACUGCGAGCUGCUGUGGCUGCGGAGGCUGGCCCGGCCGGACGACCUGGAGACAUGCGCCUCCCCUCCAGGCCUGGCCGGCCGCUACUUCUGGGCAGUGCCAGAGGGCGAGUUCUCCUGCGAGCCGCCCCUCAUCGCCCGCCACACGCAGCGCCUCUGGGUGCUGGAGGGCCAGCGGGCCACUCUGAGAUGCCGGGCCCUCGGUGACCCUGCGCCCACCAUGCACUGGGUCGGCCCUGAUGACCGCCUGGUUGGCAACUCCUCCCGAGCCCGGGCUUUCCCCAACGGGACCCUGGAGAUCGGGGUGACGGGCUCUGGGGACGCAGGGGGCUACACCUGCAUUGCCACCAACCCUGCCGGGGAGGCCACAGCCCGUGUGGAGCUACGGGUGCUGGCCUUGCCCCACGGCGGGAACGGCAGUGCUGAGGGGGGCCGCCCAGGGCCCUCGGACAUUGCCGCCUCGGCCCGCACUGCUGCCGAGGGCGAGGGGACACUGGAGUCUGAGCCAGCUGUGCAGGUGACAGAGGUGACUGCAACCUCAGGGCUGGUGAGCUGGGGGCCAGGGCGGCCAGCCGACCCUGUGUGGAUGUUCCAAAUCCAGUAUAACAGCAGUGAAGAUGAGACCCUCAUCUACCGGAUUGUCCCGGCCUCCAGCCACCACUUCCUGCUGAAGCACCUAGUCCCUGGUGCCGACUAUGACCUCUGCCUGCUGGCCCUGUCACCUGCCGCUGGGCCUUCCGACCUCACAGCCACCCGGCUGCUGGGCUGUGCCCGUUUCUCCACGCUACCGGCUGCGCCCCUGUGCCACGCCCUGCAGGCCCACGUGCUGGGCGGGACCCUGACCGUGGCCGUGGGGGGUGUGCUGGUGGCUGCCUUACUGGUCUUCACCGUGGCCUUGCUGGUUCGGGGCCGGGGGGCCGGGAAUGGCCGCCUCCCCCUCAAGCUUAGCCACGUCCAAUCCCAGACCAAUGGAGGCCCCAGCCCCACGCCCAAGGCCCACCCGCCGCGGAGCCCGCCGCCUCGGCCCCAGCGCAGCUGCUCCCUGGACCUGGGGGAUGCUGGCGGGUGCUACGGUUACGCCAGGCGCCUCGGAGGAGCCUGGGCCCGACGGAGCCACUCUGUGCAUGGGGGGCUGCUCGGGGCAGGGUGCCGGGGGGUGGGGGGCAGCACGGAGCAGCUGGAAGAGAGUGUGGUGUGAUGGGAAGGGAGUCGGCCCAGGGCGGGCUGGGGAAGGGGCAGAGGGUGUGGGGCGGGCAGCUGCCGGGCCUGGUUGGGUCGGCACUGCCUGGGAGUCCCUCCUGAUUUUACCCUUGGUACCUCAGGCCUCCUCUGUGCUUGGCCAGGCAGGGGGCCCUCUCCCUGGUUUUGGCCUCCAGACCUGCGUUCCACUGACAGGUGCUCACAGCCACCGAAGCAGGGGCUGCACCAACCAAGCAGGAGUCUUGUUUUUCUUUAUAAUAAAAUUGUUGGGUACACCUCA